UGAGGUUUUUCCCAUUUUCUUUUAACAUUCAUUUUGCAUUUCUAACUUCUUACAGUAAGUGCCCAAGAAAGGAGGAUCCCAGUUCUUGGGCACUUAGGAAGGUAUCACUGUCUCAGCCAGCCUCUCCUAACAGCACUGAAGAGUCAGCUGUUACUUAAUAAUGAAGUAUUAAUGAUUGAUAAACUACUACAUUUCUAAAAAUGGGGUGCGCCAGGAAACAGCCAGUUUAGUUGUGAACUGGAGAAAGGAUGUGAAGUGCCUAUUUUCUGUGCAAUCUUGUAUGUUGUGGUUGACCACAAAGUCUUGGCCUCAGGUUUGAUUCACAGCCUUGUCUUUUGUAAAACUGGAUGAUCAUGGCCAUAGGCAGAUAACUCCAUCUUUUAACCUUGAUUUUUGAUGUGUAAAAUGGAAAAAGAUAAUGUAAUAAUUUCUUAGCAUUCUUAAGACGAAUAAAUAAACAAGCAGAUAAAGGACUUAAAUCCUGUUGGAGGUAGACUAAACAAUGUCUCUAAACCACUACUGUUGCUAAAUAGUUAAGUACUGACUGUAACUGGAAAGCUCUCUUUGACGCUAAGCCCACCCCCUCAUAUGCUGAGGUAGCUCAGAACAGCAGUGACACUGGACAUGUGUGGAGCUCACAGAGCAUUCUAUUUGAUUUCCACAAUUUACUCCAAAGUGGGCAAUGCAGAACUGUUGCUUGGUUUUGGGGACUGGGGGACAAGGGAGAAGCAGAUAGUUCUGCUGGGCAUGACCACAGAAAGAAACACUCCAAACUUGGAGCUCAAAAGAGAAGAGCCAUGGCUUUCCUCACCCCCUGAACCUUGUCCCUCCUCCUGUUCUGAGGCAUGAAGCUUGAAACCAGGCAAGUCACCAGUGCCACUGACAACAGAUAGAUGAGCGGUGGGAACACAGGUCUCCAGGUCCCUCUGUGAGACAGUGUAGGUAGAGACAAAGCAGGCAGAGACCUGCUCUUAGAGACCUUUUGUUUUUUCUUGGUGGUGACAGGGAUUCCAUUCCUUGUGCUUGUUAGGCAAGAGCUCUACCACUGAGCUAGGCCCCCAACCCCUGAACCUCAUUUUUAAUUCACAAUGUUUUCCCACAGAAACACUAUUGCACACAGAACUCAAAUACUGCCGUGUUGAGGACUACAACAAUAAUAAAUUAUGCUCAUUUUUAAAGUACCUUUGCGUAAUUUCCCUGAAAGAACACGACCAUUGGACAGGCGGAAACCCAGGCUUGCUGAUUCAGCCCUGUGUUCCUGGCACAGAUUGAAUGGGCUUUUGUGGCCAGUCCUGGAGACACCAGAAUCCAGCUUGAUCACUGGUUGAAAGCAAGCAGUCAUUAUUAGCUACCCAAUAUUUUCUUCAACCAUGGGAACUUUUUAUCCAGUCAUGGGUGAGAAUCUCAAGUUGUAACAUGAGUAUAGAAUUUCUUGAAACAAAAAUAGAGCUUCAGUGCAGAACUGGGUUUUCCAUUGACCCUGAAGAGUUCUAGAAGCUAAUAAUCUGAUGAAAAUUUAACUAAGUUAACUUCAUACCCGCUUUGUUUCCUCAUAGAAAAAUUUUAAGCUGUGCACAAAGUGUUAUUUUGAAUAACAAAGAUAAAAGGUACAUACAGAUUUUUUUUUUUUUUCUAGAGAAUUACUUUUUCCUCCUAAUUUCAAAAGUAUUUAUAGGUGAGGUUUAACAAGCUCAGGGCCUGGUGCCCUAUUUUCUCCUAAAGAAAGAAAAUAAAACCUUAAACUUUAAGGGAGGCUGAGGCAAGAGGAUCCCAGAUUCAAGCCAGCCUCAGCAACUUAGUGAGAUCCUGUUGCAAAAUUAAAAAUUAAAAGAGCUGGAGAUGUGGCUUAAUAGUUGAGUACCCCUGGGCUCUGCAGUGCCACCAAAAAAACAAAAACCAACCAAACAAAAAAAAUCUACUGUCAAUAACAGACUAGUUCUGCCAAGAUUGUAGGGCAAUCUUGGGCAAUUUACGUAACCUCUCUCUGCCUCUCUUUACUCACCUGUGAAACGGAGGUGUAGCAGAAGUUCUUACCCCACUGGGUUGUGAGAACUGAACCAGCUGGCACUGAGCCAAUAUUCCAUGACUACUGUUAGGACACUAAAGCCUUGGGUAGUCAGGGGACUAGGCUGGGUGAGAGCUAGUCUGCCAUCACAGACUAGGGCAGGCUGGAAUUGAGAGGCACACAGGCAGCUAAGUGUAGUACAAACUAAAAUCAAGUGUUAAAUAAAGCCCUUUGGCAGAGGAAGGAGAGAUUUUUCUGUCCAGGGGAAUAGAAAAGGUUCCCUGACAAAUUUGCUUUUUUAAAAAUCAGUCUUGCUGGGUUCAAUGGUGUACACCUGUAAUCACAGCGGCUUGGAAGGCUGAGGCAAGAAGAUCAAAAGUUCAAAGCCAGCCUCAGCAAUUUAGUGAGGCCCUGAGCAACUUAGUGAGACUCUGUCUCAAAAUAGAAUUUAUUUAUUUAUUUUUUUAAAGGAGGCAGCGGCUGGAGAUGUGUCUCAGUCUUUAAGCACCCCUGGGUUCAAUCCCUGCCCUCCCCCGUCCCCCCCAAAAAACUAUAUCAUUUUAGAAAUAAUAUUUUAAUCAAACUAAGACAAAAAAACUUAAGGAUUAAGAAAGAUUAGUGAAAAUAAAAAAGACUAACCGUGGACUUACAACAGAAGAAAUUUGUCACUGUGCUCAGCUUUUCAGAAUAUAUUGAAAAUAUAUCCUCCUUUGUAAAGUAUGUUUUCAAGAUACGUAUGUAUAUAUGUAUAUCAAGAAAUAGUUGAGCCAGGUGCAGUGAUGCAUGCAUGUAAUCCCAGUGGCUCUGAAGGCUGAGACAGGAGGAUUGCAAGUUCAAAGCCAGCCUCAGGAAAAAGCGAGGCCCUAAGCAACUCAGUGAGACCCUAUCUCUAAAGAAAUUACAAAAUAGGGCUGGGAAUGAAUUUCAUUGGUUGAGUGCUCCUGAGUUCAAUCCAUGUAGUCCUCCCACCUUUUAAAAAAGAAAGAAAUAGUUGAACUGACAAGGAACUCAUCCAAGGAUUUUGAUGUCUCAGGAAUAGUGAAAACAGUCAUAAAAAAUAAAAAUGACUUGCCCCAAGCAUUUCAGAGGCAGUUUGUUUUCACCCAGUUACAUAUCUCCAGUGUUUUAGAGCAAUAUUAUACAGCAGCUCUCCGAAAACCCAUGGUGAGAAUAUGCUGCCCCUAUUCCCAUCAAUGAUCAAUAUUUACCUUUAGGAAGAUGGUUCAAAGGUCAAGAGAGAAUCAUCUCAGGAAUUCAGCCACUAUUGGGUGGGAGGAUAAAUGAGUAUCUACAGAAUUUGUUACUUCUCACUCCCCAGUGAACUUUAAUCUACACUUGAAUAUGUCUGGGAGACAUGCCUGGACUAGAGAAUAGCUGAAUUCAUUGAGCAUUUAAAAUGUGGCAGCUUGGUGCUAAUGACCUUGCCAAUGUUCUUUUCCCCUGGCUUGUUAAGAAAUCCAUAGUAAGACUUUGCUUGUUAAUGGAACAAGGCUUCCUCAAAGCUGGGAGGCUACUCCACUUGUCAGUGAGACAGGAUAUGAACCCUAGGGAUCCAACUCCAGGGCCCUCCCUCUUAGCCACUGCCCCCCUCCCCCCCCCUUAUUCCUGAGUCAUCUGCAUACAAAUGGUAUUGCUAUUGAUAAGGUGAUUGGCCAAUUGUCAUUAUUCAAACUAGGACUCCAGAGCAGGGAGUGGGUGCUAUUUAUUAUUAUGCUAGGGAAAACAGGCCCAAACAACUGUAGCAGGCUGGCGGGGAAGUGCUGUCUCCUUACUGCCUGUAUGUCUGAGCGUGGAUGAACAAAGAAGAAAGAAACCAAUUAGUGGACUUUAAGAAAGAUCAAGUUUGGGGAAUUCCCAGAGAUCGAGAAACCUGCCAAGGAUCCCGGGAAGAGAUACAGGAUUGUCACAGACUCAUAGUUUCAGCCCAGUUUUUCAGAGGUGGCAAGUCAACAGCACCCCAGCCUCAGGGGCUGGGAACCUAAAAGUGGCCACUGAAAGGGGCAACGAAGAAACCAGUGAUGAUCGGCAGACAAACAGCUUUGGUUUUGUGGAGCUGGAAACCAAAUCAAACCCGGAGGAGGAGUGAGUGGGAGUAAUCUGCAGCGUCACCCUGUGCAAAGAAAGGAACUAAGCUGCGCUCCCCAGGCAUCAUGGGCCGUCUGCUGGCCUCCGAAGUACAGCAGCUGCUCCAUAACAAAUUUGUGGUCAUCCUGGGGGACUCCGUGCAGAGGGCCGUGUACAAAGACCUGGUGCUCCUGCUGCAGAAGGACUGCUUGCUCACUCCCAGCCAACUCAAGGCCAAGGGCGAACUGACCUUCGAACAGGACAAGCUGGUGAAAGGAGGUCAGCUGGGCCCCUUGCACAAUGGCACCAACUACCGCGAGGUCCGCCAGUUCAGCUCAGAUCACCAUCUGGUGCGCUUUUACUUCCUCACGCGCGUUUACUCCAAGUACCUGGAGGCCAUCUUGGAGGAACUCCAGUCCGGUGAGCAUGCCCCGGACCUGAUCAUCAUGAACUCCUGCCUCUGGGACGUCUCCAGGUAUGGUCCGCACUCCUGGAACAGCUAUCUGCAGAACCUGGAGAACCUGUUUGGGCGAUUGGGCGAAGUUCUGCCUGAGUCUUGCCUCCUGGUGUGGAACACGGCCAUGCCUGUAGGUAAGAAAAUUACUGCACGUUUUCUCCCACGCAAGCCCCUGCCCUGGGCCAUCCCUUUGCGAAGGAUCGUGGUGCAUGCCAACUUCUACAGCUCCAUCAAGGCAAGUAAACAUGGCUUCGAUGUGCUAGACUUGCAUUUCCACUUUCGUCAUGCUUGGAAUUGCCUGCAGUCAGAUGGGGUGCACUGGAAUGAGCACGCACACCGCCAGCUCUCCUACCUGCUGCUGACCCACGUGGCUGAGGCCUGGGGUGUGGAGCUACCCUGCCGCCCACCCGCACCCAUAGGUGAGCUGAUCCAGGACGCCCCUGAGUGGGAACACCGUGGCCAGGCAGCUGAGAGGCAGCCCCAGGCCAACCGAGAUCAAUUGGACUUAUCCCUGUCCCCGCCCCUGCCUUCUCCCAGGCGUCGCCCCCUGCUCGAGACCCCACGGCCCCGCUUGCGCCCCUUGCUGCCCCCUCCCAUUCCCCCACAUCACAUGUCACCCCCGUCCCCGCACUAUCCCCAAGAUUGCUACUUUUCCUCCGACCAUGUUUUCCAGUCGGAUCAAUUCUAUUUCCAAUCAGAUGUCCCCUCAUCUACCCAGCCAGGAUUUGCCUUCGAAGCUGACUUUAACUUUUGUUCCCCUCCACCUAUGGCCAGCUUCUCACCCUGUUAUCAGCAGCGGGCCCCAGUGGUGUACAGGGGUUUUUCCCGUUACCUAGUUCAAGGCCCCUAUAUGCCCUGGAGAGGGCGGCACAGACGAUCAAAAAGAGGGGCCUCAGCCCCCCCAGAGUCAAGGCGCCAGUAGGUCCACCUGAGGGCCUUCAUUCUCCUGCAGGCUAAUGGCGUGGAUUGUUUUGACCCUUCCGUUAUGUUGGCACAGGCUGCAAUACACUGACCUUAAGCCUUAAUAGUUAGUCCAUGUUUGGGCACCGUUGUGCUCAUAGCUAUUACAGAUUACAGGACGGAGACCCGUCUGACCCAUAUUUGUUUCUUACCUUGUCUUCUGCAUGGGGUAGGGCAGGAGGGACCAAGCAUUAUUCCUAUCUCCCCAUCCCCUAUUGCCAUUUCUUUUUUGUAAAAAAUAAAAUUGGUACACAGAAAUUGUUUCACAAAA